GGAAGCCUUAAAGAAGCUGGGGCGGCGGGGCGGCCGGGCGGGCAGCAGAGGCCGCGCAUCGCGGCGGUCGUCUCCUCGCUUCCGAGCCGACCGCGGCACCGUCACCAUGUCCCUGGCGGCCUCGGCGGGCCGGGGCCCGGGGGCCGUGUGGUCCCCAACGCACGUGCAGGUGACGGUGCUGCAGGCGCGGGGCCUGCGGGCCAAGGGCCCCGGGGGCACGAGCGACGCGUACGCGGUGAUCCAGGUGGGCAAGGAGAAGUACGCCACCUCGGUGUCGGAGCGCAGCCUGGGCGCGCCAGUGUGGCGGGAGGAGGCCACCUUCGAACUGCCGCCGCUGCUGUCCGACGGGGCCGCGGCCGCCGCCACCCUGCAGCUCACCGUGCUGCACCGCGCGCUGCUCGGCCUGGACAAAUUCCUGGGCCGGGCCGAGGUGGACCUGCGGGAGCUGCACCGGGACCAGGGCCGCAGAAAGACCCAGUGGUAUACCUUGAAAUCCAAACCAGGAAAGAAGGAUAAAGAGCGAGGAGAAAUUGAGGUUGACAUCCAGUUUAUGAGAAACAACAUGACUGCUAGCAUGUUUGACCUCUCCAUGAAAGACAAGUCUCGGAAUCCAUUUGGGAAACUCAAGGACAAGAUCAAGGGGAAGCGUAAGGAUAGCGCGUCAGAUACUGCUUCAGCCAUCAUUCCCAGCGUGACACCCUCCGCUGACAGUGAUGAUGAGUCUCCUUCCAAAGACAAGAAAAAGAAAUCGAAGAUCAAGACCCUGUUUUCGAAGUCGAAUUUGCAGAAAACGCCACUUUCCCAGUCCAUGUCCGUCCUGCCUACUUCAAAGUCAGACCGAGUGCUGCUUCGUCCUGGAGACUUUCAGUCCCAGUGGGAGGAUGAUGACCAUGAGGAUGAAUCCUCCUCUGCCUCGGAUGUCAUGUCUCACAAGAGAACAGAGAGUGCAGAUGCUAAGCAACUGAACCAGAUCAAUUUCAGUCUUCCCAAGAAGGAAGGACUCUCCUUUCUUGGCGGCCUUCGGUCUAAGAAUGAUGUCCUUUCUCGCUCUAAUGUCUGUAUCAACGGGAACCAUGUUUACAUGGAGCAGCCGGAAGCCAAGAGUGAGACCAAGGACAGUACUCCCUCCUCUUCCCCGUCCCCCCAGGGCUUCAGGAAGAAGCAUCUGUUCUCCUCCACCGAGAACCUGGCUCCUAGGUCUUGGAAGGAGCCUGGAGAUGGAGGGGCGGUGUCCUCCGACAGGCGGUUCUCUGAGUCUUCCACAAAGGACUCUCCGAAAUCCAUGUCUCUGCCGACCUACCAGCCGCAGGGCAGUGGGGAUAUUCGGGAGAACACGGCUCCGGCGAGCUUGGAAGCUGCAAAAGAAACCAAAGAGAGCAAGAAGCAGGAGAACAAGAAGUCCUCUUUGCUUUCUCUGGUGACGGGAAAGAAGGACGUGGCUAAGGGCAGUGAGGGUGGAAGCCUGCCUACCAUCCCAGGGAAGGAGAAGGAAGGCACACUGAUGGAAGUCCAACCAAGGGAGGACCAGCCAGGGCCUGACGAAGACCUGGUGAAAAGCUCUGAGAAGGACACUCUGGCUGUCAUCUCUGGAUGGGUUAAAUCCCUGAAUCCCUUUGAGGAAGUGCCGAUCACAGAACCGGAAGCUGACCGAAAGCCCAAGUCAGAACCUGCACCAGCUGUCGGCUCUACAAGGGCUCCGCAGACCAAAGCUGUCAAGCCUCGACUGGACGUGUCUCCAGAGGCUCAACCCACAGCCAGGCUUCCUUCUUCCCCUGACUCUCCUCUCUUCUCUGCUCUUCUUUCCAGUUCUGGCCACACACCAGUCCCUUCUAAAUUGGGGCAUGGUGCAGAGACACCGUCCUCUGAAUCUCCCUCUGUCUUCUCUUUCUCAUCUCCCAUAGUGGCUCCCAUUUCCACCUCCACGCCAGUUGAGAACUGGCCUUCCACAGACAAGGGCCAAGCCUGUCCUGAAGAGCCAUCUUUGCUCCUUAAGGCAGAAUUGCCAAGGGAGAGUUUAACACAAGUUCCAAAGACUAUUUCUGGUGGCUCGGGGUCACUUUCCAAAAAGCUACCCACUCCAGCUUGUAAAGGGACGGAAGAUUCUCCCACAAGGAAGACCAGUGAGGUAGGCCCAGAGAGCACCGUCGGUAGUGACUCAGAAAAGUCUCUCCUGAAGCAGCCUGCAAUGGGGCACCAGGGGGAAGAUCUGGGGUUUCCCCCCUCAGAACGAGACUACGUCCCUUCAUUUCAGGAGGCCCAAGAAGUAACAUUCGCCCUUUCACUCAGAAGUGGGCAGACUGAAAGCCCAGUGGGGAGGCCUCCGAUGGGGGCAGACACAGACUCGGAGAGUCUGUCUGCGUCUUUUGGGGAGAACGGACUUCAGGAAGACAGCAUGACUUCUGCCAUGAAGGAAGGGGUGCCCCCUCUUCAGAUGGGAGAAUCGGCUCCCCCUCUUGGCUCCGUGAUGCAGAGACACGGAGAGAAUGUGGGCGAGAGCCGAAAGAAAAUCAAGAAGCACGUGUCAUUUUCUGAGCAGCUCUUUACGCAAGAGGAGCUAGAGAAGUCCGCCGGGCCGGUGGAAGAGGACAGAAGUGAUCCCCAGGAGCUGAUGCAUGAAGGAGCCGCUGCUGGAAACGUGUCAGACCGGGAGCCUGCUGGGUCCCUCCACGCAGAGGACGCAGAGAAGGGCGCUGUGUCCCCACCCGGGCGCGCGAAGUGCGGUGUUCCGGCUUCUGAGGCAGACCCCCUUCCCCGCCCCUCAUGCGAGGAGAGCGUCUCAGAAGGCCCCGUGAGUGAAGCAAGCUCAGGGAAAGACAUUCCCCUCUUGAGGAUCGAGCCAGACGAUAUACUUAUGGCUCAAAAUCAGAGCAAAGCCAGUGAUCACGAAGGUUUAUUGUCCGAUCCCCUGAGUGGCCUUCACUCUACCCCAGGUGUGAACUCUCCAGUCAUGGCUGAUCUGGGCUUAAUCCUUCCUUCCAUUCCUGAGGUGGCAUCGGAUGAUGAGAGAGUGGAUCAGGUUGAAGAUGACAGAGAGGCAGCCCAGGUGGCAGCCCUGGAAGGAGGGCCUUCUUCCUCGAGCCUGUCCCCUGCCCGUCCUGAGAUGGAAAAGGGGCCGAGGGGCGAGGCAGACGGGUGGGCGGCGCCUGUGGAGAGCCUGCAUGACCUCAGGUCAGAGGCACCCAAAGCAUCUGCUGCAGCGUCUUCAGGUCCAGCUGCAGCUUCAGGAAUUCACAAACCAGAUCUUGGCAAGGGCUCACGCUUGGAUAAACGGCUGCCAGGUCCUGGCAGUGGCGAGAAGGGAAAGCUGAUGGGAAAUGGGAGGCCAGGCCAGCCUCCUGAUAGGGCCCUGGAUUCUCCUAUAUCCAGCCCCUCCUUUUCUGAGACCUUUCCUGUUACACACUCUUCCCCCAGCAGCCCACACGCUGACACUCACCCCACCGGUACAGCAGAAUCUCAAAAAAAAGCAACAGCAGAGGGCUCCGCUGGUAAGGUGGAAAAUUCUAGCAAGAGGAAGCCGCUUCUUCAGGCCUGGGUCUCACCCUCAGAGACACAUCCAGUGUCAGCUCAGCCGAGCGCAGCAACGGGGUCAGCCAAGCACAGACUCCACCCCGUGAAGCCAAUGAACACAACAGCCACCAAGAUUGCUAACUCCAGCUUGGGCACGGCCACCAUCAUCAGUGAGAACUUGAUCAAUGAGACCAUGAUGAAGAAAUACAACCCCUCGGACCCCGCUUUUGCUUAUGCACAGCUAACCCACGAUGAGCUGAUCCAGUUGGUCCUCAAACAGAAGGAGACGAUAAGCAAGAAGGAGUUUCAGGUUCGCGAGCUGGAAGACUACAUUGACAAUCUGCUCGUCAGGGUCAUGGAGGAGACCCCCAACAUCCUCCGUAUUCCGGCUCAGGUCGGCAAAAAGGCAGGAAAGAUGUGAAUCGUCAGCCUAGGAGACGGAGACUGUUUUGUGAGUUUGUUUCCACCUGCUCCUGAGGCCAAGGACUCCGUAUGCCUGAUAACCAGCUUACAGGCUCAAAGUCACCAGCUGCCUCCCUUGCCUGUUAUCUGGCAAGAGUCAGUUCCACCAACUGAAGCCAGGUUAAUUAUUACAAUGAAUCUUUUACUGUACAUUCCCAGGGUUUUAUUUUUAAAUGCCACUGUGCCUUUAAGUAUAUUGUAAAUGUUUUAUGCUCUGACCAGAGAUGUGGUCAUAAGAUCUGCUCCUGGCCCAGAGACUCAGAUGGCGCAGGGUUAUUCGUGUAUUUAACAUUGGGAUUUUCUUUCUUCGAUAUUGACAUUUAAAACUACGUACUCCUCCUCCCACCCCGCCCCGUCAGUGAAGUGUGGGGUGAAAUGAGAAGGACCGGGCACAUACUUGCUUGGCUUUUGAGUAGCUCAGGGUGAUGUUUGGCUGCAGGUGCUAAGUUUUGAUACCAUGUAAACCUCUGGGCUUCUUGGACUUGGUCUUGUUGAUUUGACCGAAGCAGGGGAGGUUAAAGAAAGCCUCUGAGUGUGCCUUGUAGAUUUGGAACAAGCUGCCUUUUCUAAGCACCAGCUGCACUACUCUUUAGCCUUACAGUGUGCUCCUGAUUGGUCCAUAGGGCGUGUCUGUGGGGACGUGAGAAGCAGAAGAGGGAAUUCCUCACUUUGCACUCACUUAACGGGGGUUGGUCAAAGGCUCACGGUAGCCGGUAGCCAGGUUCCUGCUGGCUAGAGUGGCCUCAUCAGUGCUUGAGAAGGGAUCGGGUGGCCCAAGCAUUUACUCGGUUCCACCAGGUAUGGGAUUAUCUCAGUAGGACUCCUGUGGCCUGUUCCCCAGUGCCUUUGCUUGGCUCCCUGAUUUCCUCAGCAACACUUCCUGGCGAUUCCCGCCCCCCACCAACCCUUGUUACAAAAUUACGAAGAGCAAGAAGAUUAACACUUAGUUUUGGUUGGCUGUAUUUUUAAAUCUAGAAGAACACACCUAUUUUUUAAAGCUAGGACGCUUCUGAACUAAUAGCUCCAGUUCGGAUUCCUCAGGUAGUUUCCUUGUUCGGAACCUAAUACUGGAAUUAGAAUGUUUCUGUGUUGCUCGUUUUUUUUUUCCCUCCUGGUUGUGACAGACUCUUACCAAACUUUGACUUCUCUCCGGGGCAGAAGAAGAUCACAGGCCAGCGCGGUGGGCAGGGCUUGAGGCAACAACAGUCAUUAGCCUGGGGUCUCUUCUCUGUAUGUUCUUGUUCUGUGGAGGGUAAAGAGGCAGGACGGUUAGCAGCAGAACCCCUUUUCAGGAUCACACGUUGGCUGCAAUGUUAGUUAUAUCGGAGCACUUUAACCUGAAGGGUGAUACUAUAACUUGAUUAAUCAGCUUUUGAUUAUCUUACAGGAGUGGGGACCACUGUAAACUUCCCAGAUGACUUGUAUUUUUGUAGUGCUAUGAGAGUUAUUUACAUACCUAUAAAGAGAACCAUGUAUUCGCCUCAACUCUGAAAACGUACAUGUAUAUAUAUUCGUUCCGCAAUAGGUUUUUUACUUAAAAACGUAUUUUGACUGUGAUAACCCAAGGGCACUGGGGCAGGGGUGCUCUGAAUGAUUUCUCCUUAGAAGAGCUGGUGUGGAGACCUGCAUUGUUCACGAGAGGUGCUUGGUCUGGAGAUAUUAUCUGCCGCUAGGACCUCGGGUAUGUAACUCGGUCAGUGUUUGAGAGGGACGUCUGGGUAGAAGAGUGAAUUCCUAUGCUCUGAAAUGCCACUUGGGGACUCUGGAGGAUGAAGGACAACUUACUUCAAGGGUGUCUGGCUUCUACCACUGCUGGGGAAAAAAAUCCAAUUUAUAGCAUUCCUGCACCUCUCAAAGUAGCUAACCUGGAGGGCAUGAGGUAAUGAGUGUCCUGGAGGGCUCUACUUUGGUGGAGGAUUUAUCUAGGAGAAGCUUUAGUCUUCCCUGAGCCAUUAGCAGGGGCUGGUGAAUCGGAGUGUUGGAGCUCCUGUGCCCGGCACCUGUCGGAGGGCGCACGCUCACCUACACGAGGAGAGUUGGGACUCGCCUCUGGCUGCUAGAAAUGCCAACCUGAUGGAAGGACGCUGGGAGGAAGCUGUGUUCUGGAGAAGCAGGAGCAGGUCUUUUCCUGGCCUUGCCCAGCUGCCUCCAGAAAGAGCAGUCAGUACUUAAGGGAAGCAUCAGAUUAAACACUGAACACCUUGCAGUGAACUUCAGUUGGAGGUCAGCCUCCUGAAAAAAAUGUCAAUCCUUUGCCUGUUUCCUUUCAUCUCAUUCCUUGGACUUUGACAGGUUUCCUGCCCUCCAUUUUAUUCCUGUGUUAACGCAUAUCACAGUGGAGGAACAAGAAAGUCUGCCCUUUGCCAUGAGGAAGAGCUCUUGACCCUGAGUGGGAGGUGUGUGCACAUGAAUAGGGUGUGUGUGUGUGUAUAGGGUGUGUGUGUGUGUGUGUGUGUGUGUGUGUGUGUGUGUGUGUGUGUGGUUUCCAGCUUUGCUAACAGUGGGAGCUCAAAAGGGCAGAGAGGGGGGAGGGCCUAUGACACUCAGCCACAUACCCAAUUGAAGGCCAGAGGCAAUUUACUGUUAAAUUAGGUAGGAUCUUCCCUCCCUGAGUCCCUUUUCCCAAUCGAUCUUUUUAUUUUCUUUUUGAGAACUACGAAUUAAUGAUCCCUCAAGGCUGACAGAUUAAUUGCCUUAGGUGGAGAAUUUAGCCUCCUAGUAAUCAUACCAACCUCGACUCUGUGGUUUCUCACUAUCUAUUAUAUGAGCUACUAACUUGACUUCUUCCACCCUCCGAUUGAAAGAUCACCCAGCAUUUUUGGAUUAUAAAAUAAUUUCCUGCCUUGUUAGUUUGGGAGUUUUUAAUUUCUUUGGUUUUGUUUUUCAGAAGUAACCUAAAAUUUCUACAACACUAAAUAAAAUGGUACUACCUUUCAAAGAUUUGUGUCUGUACUUUCAUGUGGGUGCAAUAAAAAUGUCUUCUUAAAGAAAACCUCUCGGGAGACUUGGGUGGCUCAGUCGUUAAG